AAUUUAUUUUAUAUUGUAUAAAUGUUCACGUCUGUCUAUGUCAAUCUGUCACUGUAAUAUCAAUGUGAAUACAAGUUAUUCCACGCUCGUCCGCUAGAUGCCCGUUGUGCUAAACUACAUGAAUGUGAACCGUUGCUAGCCACAAAAGAAGACGUACCCGGAAGUACAACGUUGCCAUUGCUCUUGUAGUCACAAGUUCAGAGUCAACAGGCGUCGUUGUUGGUGGUGACUGCUGCCAUGGCUUUUCUUUGCAGAAAUGCAACCUUGCUCCUAAAAUCGUGCCGAGCGACGCCUGGUCUUUUGGCCUCCGCUCGCCUCUGUAGCUCGGCAGGCACACAAUAUGAGUAUAUUAUGGUAGAGAAGCGAGGAGAGAACAAGAAUGUGGGUUUAAUCCAGCUGAACCGACCUAAAGCUCUCAAUGCGCUGUGUGACGGCCUGAUGAAAGAGUUGGGUCAGGCUUUGGACACCUUGGAGAGGGACAGAGAUGUGGGCGCUAUCGUCCUCACCGGCAGCGACAGAGCAUUUGCAGCUGGAGCGGACAUCAAAGAAAUGCAAAAUCUGACCUUCCAGAAGUGUUAUGGCGGUAACUUUCUGUCCCACUGGACCAGAGUGUCUACUGUGAAGAAGCCAGUGAUUGCUGCUGUUAAUGGUUUUGCUUUGGGCGGCGGCUGCGAGUUGGCCAUGAUGUGUGACAUCAUCUACGCUGGAGAGAAAGCCCAGUUUGGCCAACCAGAAAUCCUGCUGGGGACCAUCCCUGGGGCGGGGGGCACUCAGCGUCUGACCCGUGCAGUGGGCAAAUCUCUAGCCAUGGAGAUGGUGCUUACAGGAGACAGAAUUAGCGCCCAAGAAGCCAAACAGUCAGGUUUGGUGAGUAAAAUCUGUCCCGUGGACCAGCUGGUGUCAGAAGCGGUGAAAUGUGGCGAGAAAAUCGCCGCCAAUUCCAAACUGGUGUCUGCUAUGGCAAAGGAGGCGGUCAAUGCAGCCUUUGAAUUGACUCUGGCUGAGGGGAAUCAUUUCGAGAAGCGUUUAUUCCAUGCCACCUUCGCUACGGAUGAUCGCAAGGAGGGAAUGACUGCGUUUGUGGAGAAGAGAAAGGCCAAUUUUCAGGACAACUGAUCAGCUCAUUAAACUACAGAAAUCAGACGUUGCACCACUUAACAGGGCAAGGAACAUGCCACAUGAGUGAGGGUGAGAAUUUCAACCAGGCAUGUCAAUGAAGACAAUGUUCAUAAUGAAAUCCUCCUCCAACAACAUACUAACAUAAUGAGAUAUGUAGGUAUUAUGGACAGCUCACAAAACAAAAGCAGUCCGAAUCUAUCAGUCUGAUUACUGAUGGGGACUUUCUGCCUUUUUUUCCUCCAGUUUUUGUGUUCUGUAUACAUUUUACAAAUAAAUCCUAAAAAUGAA